AUGGGCGAAGAGUGUGUUGAGAAUCCUGAACGAAUCGAAAUCGAUGCCGACUUGAUCAAAUCCCGAAAUAAAAUGAAUUUAAAAGAACUCAUCCACCCCAACAAAGAUGAAAAUUCUACCCUGCUAAUACUGAAUCAGAAAAUUGACAUUCCUAAACCAUUGUUCUACAAAAUUUGGACACUCCAUGACCUGAAAGUCUGUGCCGAUGGCGCAGCCAACAGAUUGUAUGACUACCUGAAGGAUGACGAAUCAAUAAGGACGAAAUAUCUCCCUGAUUAUAUUAUUGGUGACCUGGAUUCACUAACAGAAAAGGUUUUCGACUAUUAUAAAAGAAAUAAGGUUAUUGUAAUCAAACAAACUACACAGUAUUCGACUGACUUCACUAAAUGUGUAAAUUUAAUUUCUCUACAUUUCAAUUCACCAAAAUUUCGUGCUUUGAUAUCGAAUGAAAAUAAUCACCAAUCAAAUCAUGGCAUUGAAUUGGAAAAAGGUAUCCAUACAUUAUACAAUACCAUGACGAAAUCACUAAUUUUUUCGAAAGUGACUCCAAUAAGUCUAUUGGCAUUGGGGGGUAUUGGUGGUAGAUUUGACCAGACAAUUCACUCGAUAACACAACUGUACACUUUAUCCGAGAAUGCAAGCUAUUUCAAGCUGUCCUAUAUGACGCCGACCGAUUUAAUAUUUCUAAUAAAGAAGAACGGGACUUUAAUUGAGUAUGACCCUCAUUUUAGGAAGUUGUGUAUAGGAAAUUGCGGAUUGUUGCCCAUUGGAGAAGCUACAGUGAUUAAGGAAACCCGCGGAUUGAAAUGGGAUGUUAAAAAUUGGCCAACUAGCGUCGUCAAUGGGAGAGUGAGCAGUAGUAACAGAUUUGUCGGGGAGAACUGUUGUUUUAUUGAAACUGAGCAUGACAUCAUUCUAAAUGUAGAAAUAUUCGUUAAUAGAUUAAUAGAUUUUUUGUAA